UAGGAAACUUUUGGUAAACAGUUACACUGGUUAGUCCCAUUUCCGGGUCGCCCACAGUACUGUACCGGUACCGCGUGCCUGCAUUCUGCAUUCCCAGUUGAAUGAGCUGUUGACUGUUCAUUGGCCACACAAAAAGGUAUCGUUGCCUCAAGGGACAAACACCAAGAACUCACCUGGCUGCGUGUACGACUGUAGACGCUACAACCAGCAGCUUUCAGCUUCCCACAAAGUCUCACCAAAAGCUCCACAGAAACUUUAUCACUCGCGACAAAGAGGAGAACACAAAGAUUCGUUCUGACAAAUACUUCAACCCACAAAACAAGCAAGCAACAAAUCAACAAACAUGAACAGCAGCAAGGAAUGCAACGGGGAGAAUAAUGGGAAUGCCAAUGGCCAACAGUUCUCGGUCCCUGUGGAUUUUCCAAACCACCCAGGUGGCCAGGACACCUUGAAUGGGGCUCGUGAUCACUCACACAAAGACUUUCUCUUUUUGACAGCCCACAUUGGAUUGGACCUUGAUGGACAUAUCACCCAGGCAGCCAAAAGCAGAGGGAUCACUCUCCCUCAGCGAGGACCAGCCUACAAUGAAAUCUAUGCUGCUCUUCGCCACAUUAUUCAAGAACACCCAGAACAAGUGAUGAUCUAUCGGGCUUGGUGUCUCUUCUUGACCGUCCUUUUUCCUACUGUCAACAUUGCCUUCAUCAUGACAGGCAGUCCUGUAUGGGCAGUUACAUGGGGACUUGUCGUUGUGUCAUAUGCCUUCAACAUCUUUCACAUGCGCAAUCACCGGGGUGGCAAAGUCUAUGGAAUUGGCUGGUUGGAUCAACUGACGGAGCCAAUCUAUGACUUUAUGGAUCGCACCUAUGCUAUACGACCAGAAAAUUGGAGAAAAAAUCACAAUGAAAGCCAUCAUUUGCUCACCAAUGAUCCAGCCAGUGACCAUGACAUUUAUUCGACUGUUGGAGUAGGAUUUAGACUGCAUCCGGAUCUCCCUCACAGCCCAAUUCACCGUUUCCAACCACUCUAUAUUCCACUUCUACUAUCUCUCAAUGGCAUUUCCUUUCCCUUUGACAAUAUACUGAAACAUGGAGGACAUCCAGUGUACUUUACGAUUUACUGGCUGACUAUGUUGAUUCUGCCAAUCUAUUUCAAUGGCUUGGAUGCACUCAAAACAAUCCUUACAAUUUUGAUGGUUGUUGGAUUUCUCAUUUCAUAUCUCUUUCAAGUCUCCCACAAUCACAGUGAUCUGGCAUCAUUUUGUGAUACGACAAAGAGACCCCUUGUUGACUCUCUGGGUCGUCCAAAGAACAUUGAUGCCUUUAUGCAGUUGCAAAUGAAUGAAUCCAUGAGUUGGGGUGGGUAUCUCAGUUGCCUCUUGUUUGGUGGCAUCAACUAUCAAAUUGAGCACCAUGUGGCCCCAUGUGUACCCUCUCCCCUGCUUUAUCACUACCUGUCUCCUGUUCUGCGUGAAAUGGCACAACGCCGUGGUUGGAGUUAUGUCUCUGAACCUAGCUUUGUAUGUGCAGUGGUUACCUAUCACAAACACCUUUUUGAAUUGAGCUUGCCCCCAUCAUCAAAGAAGUGGGAAUAAGCGUGGGAAAAUGAGGUGACCUCUCCACAAGCUGCCAAGCCGAGAGAGAGUAUCGGCAUGCCGACGAAAACACCUACACAGCCCACAUAGAUGCGCUCUCCUGGUCUUGUACACGUACCGGUAGUGCUACACCGUCGAAAGACCAGCAUCGAGCCGACUAUGUAGCCUCAUAGAAGUUACAUUUUUAUUGGUAUUUUUAUAGUUUAUUUGCAUACAUUCGAUAGCGUUUGACAUCGAUACAGCGAUACCAGAGGCGGUGAGAUCUAGCCGACAGUUAUCAGCUUGUUUCCAGGAAUAGUCCACAAGAUAGCACCUUGCAGCCGGGAAAAAGAAGUAGUAGUAUGUACAGUACAAGGGAUCUCUAAAGAAAGAUGCCUCAACCACGCGAGUAUUGGCGCCCCUUGCGACGGUGAACCCGUGUCUUUUUGCGACCCUUCCUCUUGGGAGCGGCUUUUCGACUCUUGUAGCUAGCAGGAUGCACUAGCUCUCCCACGCUUUGGACGACCAUCUCGGACUCUUCGGUAGCGUUACGCCACUGCCAGCCAUCAUGACGAAACUCGUUGAUAUUUCUGUCUGCGUUGGCUUGGAUUUCUGCAAAGCUGUUCCACAUGAGCUUUCGGUCACAGGCAGGAUAGUCUCUGUGGUGCCUAAUCUCUAUGCCUGUAACAGUAUGUUCAAACUGCACACACGGAUGCCGGUCUUCGGCUUGCAUGGCAGCUUCUCCCUCCCGCGCUUCCUUCUUGUUGUACUUCAAGGUUUCUUCAAACCGUGUGGAGGCAUCAAUAAGCCCCGCGUGUUUCCUCGCCUUGCUCCGAUCCAUGUCCAUGUCCUCGUCAUCGCUAACGCACGAUUCCGAGUCGGACGUAGAGUCCGAUCGAGGUAUGGACUCGUCGUCUUCGAGUAACCUGCUUCGGCGUCCCAUUGUUGCCAUGGCUAUCCUCCAACUGUACUAACCUUACUUCUAGAGUUACAGCGUCACGAAUCUGAAUCGACCUGUCCACGACUGUUGCUGCUUUAGCUCCCACUCGUCCUUGGCCUCAUUAUUUGUUUGCUGUUGUUGCUUGGUGUGUUUGCUUGUGCUUUCCCACACGAUCGAACGAACGAUUGGUGGUGGCUACAGCACCAGGUGGAGGUACGAUCGCGACAGCUCAGCCUGAUGACGACGCAAUUCGUCGGGCUUAAUGAGCCUUCCAUGCCUCUUCUGAAAAGCCAAUUAGCGUCGCACUUCUAAAUACCAAAUUGAUCCUGGUCAUCUAUGUCAACAAUGACUCCAAAAUAUCCUCAACCCUUUUACACUUGUCAAGGUUAAGGCUUACGACGUACUGUCGUUUCAAUGUGUCCUGAAGCAAUGCGCUUCACUUUGCGGUGGUACUAGUACCAAU